AUGCCUGGGACUAUAUGUCAUUUUCCUGAAAGGGUUUAUGUUUAAAUUUCAUCGCGGCUAACAUACACCGACAGACAGUUAAAAUUAAACGGGGAAAAUGUAUAUAAAAGUAAUUUCAAUUGGACUCUUUUUAAGCACCUGUCAUUUAUUGGUUCAAUCCAUUCCGAUCAAGUACCACAAUACACAACCUACCCAAAACGAUGCUGUCCAUGGACCAGCGGCCGGGAUGGUGUUGUUUCCGAAACUCUCUGAUGGUAGAAUUAAAAAGAUACAUCCCAUUUGGAGAAAGGGUCAAGGCGAUGAUUUUGUUAAUCAACGAUCAAAGGGCAAAGCUAAACUCUUUGGCAAGCAAAAGUCGGAUACAGAUGAAACUGCCGAUAGUUCCACUAAGAUGACCGAGAUGACUGUUUCAGUACCGGAUUUAAAGACUGAUAGGUUCGGAAAGUUAGUGUUUGACACUUGGGGCGACACCUUGGGAGAUCCAGUGGAAGAUACACGCUUCAAGGAGUAUCACCGCGGCAGUCCCAGCGUUGAGUUUCGGGCCCCCAUGAUGACAUUUUCGACAUAUCGAGAAGAAAAAGUACCCCAAAUUAUUACCACCGCAACUUAUUUUACCGACCUACCCACAGUCUGCGCUCGUAGGUCCACGAUCUUUAACAAUCCGGCCGUGAUGCAAUAUUUAAGGCCGCGUGUGUACAGCAGAAGGUUUAACGUUCGGACGGUGUGGAUGGAUCUUCGGAAGGAGAUCUGGGAUGUGGGAGAUUCACAGCAGUGUCACACGGCAAAAAUGACAGAUUGGAACAAGUAUAUUAACUGUGCCAUAAGGCGGAACAUGAGAAUGGAUUACCUAGUUCCCAAGUACCCAUUACACCAACAGGGUUACUAUUUCCAUCUUAUAAAUCCCUUUGUCGGCGAUAAAGAACGGACACAUAAUAGCGGAGAAUUUUCUUUUCCGGGCUUUAAACCGUAUUCGGUUAAUAACCGUAUUCGUAAAUAAGAAAAGUGCACUAGAGCCUUGCUAUUGGACUUGGAAAUCGCUUGUUGUUUAAUGUUCCCCCAAGUGUCUGUUAUAGAGCUUACAUAUGUAUAUGUAGAGAUAUCACAUAGUUAACACAGAAAACUACAAUUUAUAAAAUAAAAUGUAUGUUAAGCUGAA